GUAGCACUGAGAAUAGGACUAGUCCAUCACUCGGAUCACUCGUCUUCAGAACCCUCUCCUUCUCCCGAUCUUUGGCGCCAAAGUUUCCUCCGCCCCGUGCACUCCGGGCUCAACAUGGCCUCGUCCCGCUCUCCAUCUCCUUCCACGCCCAACCCCACGCCCACGCCAUCGUCGUCAAGGGCCUCCGCCUCAGCUGCCUCGAGCACUCAAGCGGAUGUGGUCCCCGCCGAAGAGAGCGAUUCUGUGACUAUGAUGGACGUCUUGCACGAGGAGGAGUCCUUGGAGUCGGAUGCCCGGGCUGUCUUGGGGGCGGCCGAUGCCCAGAACUGCACCUACCACACUGGAGGUUAUAUGACGCGGCAAGCCUUGUAUUCGUGCUUGACUUGUCUACCGGCCCAGAAUCCCGAUUUUCAACCGGCCGGGAUUUGCCUAGCCUGCUCGUAUCAUUGCCACGAAGGUCACGAUUUGGUUGAACUCUACACCAAGCGUAACUUCCGAUGCGAUUGUGGCAAUGACACGUUUGGAACCGAGGUCAAGUGUAAACUAGCGGGAGACAAGACUAAGACCAACAGUGAGAAUAAGUAUAAUCAGAACUUCAAAGGCGUAUAUUGUACCUGUCAUCGUCCCUAUCCGGAUCCCGAGGAUCCCGUGGAAGACGAGAUGAUCCAGUGUAUUUUGUGUGAGGAUUGGUACCAUGGUCGCCAUUUGGAAUUAGACACCACCCCUAAAGACGACUCCUAUUCUGAGAUGAUUUGUGUGACUUGCGUAAGAAAAUAUCCCUUUUUUAUGAACUUCCGGGGCAUUGCGGUCCAAACCGUGACCCCAAACGACACGGACCAAUCGGUUGACGUCGAGAAAGACCCCAAUGAAUCGUCGACCAGCAUCCCGGAGGAUGAAAAAGGCGAUGCCAAGACUCAAAUAUGCUUUAGUUCAACCAAACUGUUGGACACAGAGCCCCCACGAACCCUGUUCAUGCUUGGGGAUUGGCGCCAACAAGUAUGCUCGUGUAAAGGUUGCCGUGAAAAGUUAGCCGAGAACCACUUGGAGUUUGUGAAAGAUCUCGAGGAUACGGUCCAUCACUAUGAAUCUCAGAGUGAACAGAAAGAAUCUUCUCAAUACGAGGACGGAAUGAAAGCGUUGUCAGAAAUGGAUCGAGUAAAACAAGUGGAAGCGAUCCAAUCCUACAAUUCCAUGAAGUCCAAUCUGAUGGAUUAUCUCAAGAAAUUUGCCGAGAAUGGAAAAGUGGUUCGUCAAGAAGACAUUCAAGAGUUCUUUUCCGGGCUCAAAUCGAGCAAACGUCCUCGGGUCGAAAUUCCCAAAUUCUGUCGUUAAGACUUCGUGGUAUUAUUCCUUUUAUUCUUAUUGCGCAUUUCAAUUUCCAAUUGUUUACAGAGAUGGCUCAAUUUUCAUUGUGAAAAAAAAAUUCAAUUACAAAUGGUC